AUGGAACGGUACAUCGCGGCCGAUGGCCGCAUGAAAGGAAUAGCCUGGCCCGAACACCUCCAGCACGUGCUGAUCGCCGACCGCCUUAAAGGCAGAGCGGCUAAGUGGUACUCGCACGCACUCAAAGGAGUGAAAGAGGACGACCGCACGUACACCAUGCUGAAGGAGCGGAUGGUGGGCGCUUUUGGAUUGCACCCGAUGCGGACAAGCGACACGAUCAAGGCCGACAUGAUCUCAAGGGCCAAACGAGCGAAUGAAACGUGGCAGGAAUAUGCGGAAGUCCUAUACGCGAUGGCAGAGGGUAUUACUGUUCCCGAGGCAUGGUUGGUCGCCUGCUUUACGAAAGGGGCGGAACCAGCGGCAGCCAAAGACCUACACAUGGGUAAGGUCAAGACAAUGCUGGAGGGGGUGCAAUUGCUGGAGCUGCUGUACGGUGACAAUGCCGUCCAGGAAGACGAAGCGUUGUCAGCCAAGGAUUUGAAGAUGAUCGAGACCAUGGACAAGAAAAUGACAGAGACUAUGACAGUCAUGUGCCGGAUGAUAGCGUCUCCAACCAAGUGGCGCUGGACUAAAGAAGGCCCGGACGGCGAGAAACCGGCAAAACGGUACCGCACGGACCGUCAGACGUGUUGGAACUGUGGUACCCUGGGCCACGUCGCGACCGAAUGCACGCUGCCCGAAGUACCCGGCGCGAUUGAGAAAGGCCUGGAGGAGUUGAAGAAGAAGAAGGCCGCGAAGGCAGCAACCGGAUGGGCGGCGGGAAAAGAAUAG